GUUUGAGCGUCUGCAAAAACGAUGUAAGUAUUUAGUCUAUUUAUGCAUGUAAACGUUAUGUAUUUACAUUUUUCAUUGUCUAUUCAAGGGAAAUAAUAUUUCCACAACUUUACAUCACAAUUAUAAUGCAGCGCUAUUUGAUUGUAUCCAGCGCUUCAAUCGAUAUACUGUAAAAAAAAAAUAAAAAAAAAAUGGCACGCUAGAUUACAACAAUACAUAUUUUGACCGCUUAAGGGUAGAGCCCACCAACUGUUUUCCCAUAGACUUACAUUAUAACAUUAUGGCGUGUACGGCCUUCCAUACAUCGAAACAUGUAUAUCUAACUACAUAUUUUUCAAGAACUAUCUUAGUUCUACCAAAAUAUCGGACGAAAAACAUAUGAAUAGUGAUACUUUAUUUAAGUAAUUUUCGUGUGAAUGAGAUGACCCCCUGUUUACAUCGUUGGCAUGGCGGGAGAAAUUCGUUUGAUAAAACUUUUUUUCAAUACACAUAAAAUGUAGCAAAUUUUGUCAAAAUGUAUAAUAAAAUACUGUAAAUGCAGUGAAAAAAUAUCAAUUUUGAAAAAAUAAUCACUUCCUGGGUUUGUUUACAUGGCUGACCAAUCAGAACGCACAGACGUUACCUUAUUCCCAGGGUAAAAGGAAUAGUUUUGCUAGUACAAAAAUGCAGCAUUUGAGCCUUAGGAACGUCAAACUUGGUAUGGAGUUGGCCCUGACUUAGUACAUGAACAUAGGUCAAAAGGGACCCUUACAAGAAAAUGUUUAUCCUGGUGAUAUUUAAUGUGUAUGCCGAUGUGAUCUAUGUCGAAACUUGAUCUUAUCAUUAAGAGCAAUCAUGGUACUCAGCUCUGAUGGCAAGUUGUCAGAAGAAUCAACUGCUUUGACAUGUAAAAAGCUGGCCGGCAACAAUUGUAAGACAGGGAACUUUAGUGCUCUGAUCAGGACAUUUCUCAUUAGAUGUACAGAACUUAAAGCUUCUACAGAAACCAAGGAUAAUAUUUUCACUUGGCAGACAUACAAUGCACUGUUUAUCAUUAGAAGUGUAUGUAAAUAUCUGGUAGAGCAUCUCAGUGAGGAUCUACUUAUACAGCAGUUUGAUGCUCUACCUCCGAAAAAAGAUGGAUUUGCAGACACAGAGCUGACAUGUUCAGUGGGGGAAGAGCUGAUGAACGCCUUGGUAGAACUUAUAGUCGAUGUCCCAGUAUUGACGUUCACGUACGCAAUGCACCUGGAAGCAUUGAACACACUUCUGACCUUACUGUCAGUACAGAUGUACCAACCACAGCCGGCCAGUAAAUUCACUCUGUACAAGUACAUGAUGGAGGGAAAUUGUUCAAUUCAUGCAUGUUUAAUGGUGAAAGCUUUGUUGAGGAAUUAUAUGAACCAGGAGAAAUGUCCAGUGGAAUUGUACAAAAAUACAGCAGAUGGUGUUGGGGCAUUGGCCAGCAUGACAGCAUCUUUGGCUUCCAGUUUAUGGUCAGUGGUAACCCUUGGUAUGGGAUCAUCAUCAAAUGAGAAAAAACCAGAAGAAGAAUUUCACGAGACUUUAUUAGCCAAUCAGAGCCUGCUAUUUCUGCUGGUGUUAGCCAAUCACUGUACGAGUGACAGAGCUUUGAAUAAUCCAUACAGACAGGCUUUGUUUCAGUUUACAAACUCACAAGACCAGUCUUCAGGGCCUACGCCAGUAGCACAGCUGACAUUUAAAAUGGAUUUCACAGAACUUUAUAAAACAUUGUGUACCACAUUGAGAGACGAUCAGACAACAUUGUUACUAUAUCUACUUAUACACAGAAACCCAAACAUGAAGGCUUUUAUACUGUCACGGACAAAUAUUGAUCUGCUGGUGAUGCCAUUACUGAAGAUACUAUACCAUGCCCAGGACAAGAAUUCCCACCAUAUAUACAUGGCUCUGAUUAUACUGCUGGUGUUAUCUGAGGAUGAUGUGUUCAAUAAGGCCAUACAUGAAGUGGCACUAAAGAAUGUACCAUGGUUCAAGGAGAGAUCUAUGUCAGAGAUUUCACUGGGUGGACUACUUAUCUUAGUUGUGAUCAGAACUAUACAGUAUAAUAUCACUAGGAUGAGGGACAAGUAUUUACACACCAACUGUCUGGCAGCAUUAGCAAAUAUGUCUUCACAGUUCACAAAUCUACAUCAAUAUGUGUCGCAGAGAUUAGUCAGCCUGUUUGCUCAGCUGUGUAAAAAGCAUACCAAGUUGGUUGAUCAGAUACGGCAGGCAGCCAUGAAAAGUCAUCAGACAGCAGAGAAUGAGGUUCAAGACUCGGACGGAGAAACCCAGGAAGAUUAUAUGCAGGACUUGGCAGUAUUAGAAGAAGUGAUUCGAAUGGUCCUGGAAAUCAUAAACUCUUGUUUGUCGGCAAAUCUGCACCACAAUCCUAAUCUAGUGUACACGUUACUCUACCAAAAAGACUCAUUUGCCAUGUUUCGGACACAUCCGACAUUUCAGGACAUUAUUUCAAACAUUGACACUGUGUUAGCGUAUUUCUCUGGAAAACUUGAACAAAUGGGUGGGAAUCCAAUGCCAACGGAAGUAUUGGAGGUUAUAAAACAAGGUUCAUUGCAGUUCAGAAGAGAUAGAUUAAAGAAAUUUCCAGAUCUGAAGUUCAAGUAUGUAGAGGAAGAGUCGCCUGAAGAAUUCUUCAUUCCAUACAUCUGGUCCCUGGUUUAUCAUUCGUCCAAUCUCUACUUCAACGCAUCAAAAAUCAUUUUAUUCUCAUUGAGUAGUUGAUACUUAUGUUGUGUAUUGCUAUAGUGAAGUGUUCUCAUGAAUGAAAUUCUUCCUUUUUAUACUUUUCAAGUGUACAUAUGAAUGGGCUAAACAGAAAAAUGUUGCAUGUUACCCUAGAAGUUCAGUAUGAAUAGACAUUCAGCUGUUUUGCCCAAGGUGUAUGCAGCUUGUGAAGAGAGGAAAUUGCAGGAUGAAUAUGGUCAAGAGUGAGUGAGCGAGCUUGUGGAAGGUCGUUGACCCCACCCAGGUACACUCCUAUGCCUAGAGGGGCACCAGGGCCAAUUAUAAAGAUAUCUUAGUUUUCACUCCCACUACACAUGCCAUUAAGGGCUGGAUAGGUGAGGGAAAUAAAGAAUAUUUAAAUUUAUGAGCUGGGGUAUUCCUCUACCAUUAAAGCUGGAAAUUUGCCAUAUGACUUGAACUGUUCAUGAUGCUUAAAACCAAACAAUGAAAUAGUGAAAGAAUUUGGUGAGUCUUUUUCACUACACAUUGUACUGAAAUAUUUCGUGAUAUCUUACACAUAUAAAAUCUAUUUUGGGGUUAAAAUCGGUUUGAAUUUCUGAUACCAAGUUUCAUCUACUUCCAGAAGUUUUAAAGAUGUUGGUUUCUCAGUCAUUUUUGUCAGUUUUGUCCCGGCAAACAUUCACAAUUGUUAAUGAUAGAAGCAUGGUAUGAGCAUCCGGUUUCUUUCAAAGUUGCUUGCAUUGAUUGCCAAAAAUGAUUUCUUUAACAGUAACUACCAUAAUAUCUUUUCCAUCAGGCAACCGUGGCAGUAACUGACCAGUUGCCAAUGCAGACACCCCUCUUCUUGUUUGUUGAAGGUUUUUCAAGCAGAAGGAUUAGAUUAUACAAUCGUUUGCAAUUGUUUAUGUACAAAUAUAAUCCUGUUAUUUGUAUACUGAUUUCUUGGUAACUGGUAUCGGAAUUUUGGUCAUCCUUGUCCACGUAUCAAGAACUUCCUAUUACUGUAAAAUGGUUAAAUUUCAUGGGCAAGAAAUUUCUUGGUUUCUGCUAAAAUGGCUCUUUUAUGGCAAUAUAAAUUUGAGGAUUAUGACCUUGAAUAUAAAAUGUAGGGAAAUCUUUUUGGGAAUAAAUUUUGUAUGUUGAAUCAACCGUGAAAUCCACAAAAAUUAGUCCCCCAUUAAAAUUGAUUUCACAGUAACCUAGUAACAUAAUAAAUGUUGUAUUUGAUUGGAAACAUUUAAGUGAAGAAUGAAUAAUCAUCAUGUUGAUUAUAACAUAUCAAUAUUAAACUGAAUAGAACAAAAGAAAUUACUGUGGACUUCAACAAAGUCAAGACUUCUCGGUUAUACUGUAUGUUCUCUAAUUAGCACUCCCCACAUAUUUUAAAAAAAUGUUUUUUUUUGUUUUCUUUUUAAAACUUAAUAUAGGUCAUAAGUGAAUACCAGCACUAUGAUAAUGCUAUAAUUGUUACAGUUCCUUCAGUAUAGUUGAAUUUGUUGUUGUAAGUAAAGAAAAUGAUUUAAAAAAAAUUAAAAUCUUAAAAAAUGCCCCUUUUUUUUGCAAUGUUAGUGGGCGUUAAUAAGGAAAUAUACGGUAUGUUUCAGAACUGUGAUGUUUUGUUAAAAAAAAUGAUUUUUUUUAAAAUGGUUUUAUGUGUUUAUGUUUCGUAUAAUAUGAGAGAUUUUGUUAAACAAAAUUUACCAAGAUUUUAUAAAUACUUUUUUAUGUUAUGCAAUAUGUGUAGAUAAUGGCAUUGUACAUAGUGGUUCCUUAUUUUAUAUGAUUUUAUGAGUUAUAAUUUCCAUUGUUUAUUUGUAAAUGUUGUCAGAAUUUAUAAAUUUUAUGCAUAUGUGUUGUUGAAAAUAAUUUUGCUUACAAAAGCGACUUGUUCACAGUUCCAUUUUUGUAUGUUUUCGUUACAGCCUGAACAAGUAUUUUAGCUCACCAGAACUGCAAUUCAUAAAUGGAGUUUUAUUAGAAGUUUGACACUUGUUUUGUUUUGUUUUAUUCAAGUUAUUUGAUGUGAAACCAUUAUAACUGUCAUGCCCUCUAAGGUCUAAAAAAAUUGUUUGUUUCCAGUAUCCCGGCCUACCCUAAAAAUUUGCCGCACGCUUAAUGUUUUUAUGGCGGAAUUUUUUUUUUGAUAUUUCCGCUUUUUUUAUGCCCCAAACGGAGGCAUAUUAGUUUUCAACUGUCCGUUCGUUCGUUCGUUAGCCACAACUUUAACUUUUUGCAUGAAGGCACUUUACUCGUGAACCACUUCACCCAGGACCUUCAAACUUCACAUGCUGAUAGUACUUAUUGAGUACACGACCCCUACUGACUUUGGGGUCACCAGGUCAAAGGUCAAGGUCACCAGGUCAAAGGUCAAGGCGCUGCGGGGGCAUUUGUCUCCAUUAGUAACAGCUCUUGUUUUAAAUACUUUUUGCUUUGUGUUGCUCUUUCUUCAUUGUAAAAAAAAAUAUAAAAAAAAAUCCUAUCAGUACCUAUUUUUUGGGGGAGGGCAUGUUACUGGAAACAAAUAAUUUUUUUAGGCCUAAUGCAUAUCUAAGACAUGUAAUGUGAGAUAGACACACUUGUUACUUUACAUUAAAAAAAAAAUAAAAUUCAUAAAUAAGGGGAAAAUAGUAGAUUUAGCUGGUCAUGUGAAUGUUAGAUUUUAGUGUAGAAUCAAAUUAUUUCAUUUUGGGACAAACAUAAUGUUAUUUGAAGCAAAAUUAUCAUUAUUUAUUGACUUUGUGUAAUGAAUCUAUUUAUGAAUAAAGAAAUGUUAACAUA